AUGUCAACUCUAAACAACUCAAUAGCCUUGCUCAAGGCAUUGCUGGCGCGCAUCCCUUUAAUCCUCAAAACCCUAGUUUACCACGGCCUACAAGCCACUCCAGCAUCAAAAAAGCAAGACCUGCGCACCGAAAUGACCGUGGCCAUCAUCCGCUCAUUUCUGGAUAUGUCAGUCUCCGUCGGCGCACAGCAGCGCAGAUCCCUGACUGACCCUGGAAUCAAAGGGCCCAUGUGGGUGUCCAAAGUGACGUUGCCGGCACCAGAAGAUGCUGUUGCGGAUGCUGUUUUUCAUGCAGUCAAGUCAUUGUCGGAAGGCGAUGAGUAUCAGACGCUUCAGCUGCCGCCUGUGAAACCGGUGGAGGUCGAGUGGACAGGGUAUCGCAGCGGAGUCGACAAGAAUGCGCCGCUGCCGGAUAUCUCUGAGCAGGAGAAAUAUGAAGCGCUGAAGGCCGAGACAAAAUCCGAUUUGGUUAUAUUCUAUAUUCAUGGUGGGGCUUUAUAUCUCAUGGACCCUUGUACCCAUAGAGUACCCGUGGCACAUAUCUGUAAACUCACAGGAGCGAGAGCGUUAAAUGUUCGAUAUCGCUUAGCUCCUCAACAUCCAUUCCCGUCAGCUUUGGUGGACCUUCUUACCGCUUACUUGACACUUAUUCAUCCUCCGGAGGGCUCAUACCAUGAACCUGUUCCUGCAGACAAGAUUGUUCUAGCCGGAGAUUCAGCGGGAGGUAAUCUCAGUCUAGCACUAUUGCAGACUCUCCUCACACUAAAGCGGACUUCAUCAACGGUGCAAUUCCAUGGCCGUGAAGUCCCCAUCGACCUCCCAGCCGGCGUAUCAGUAAUCUCUCCAUGGUGCGAUAUCACACGCUCUAUGCCCUCGGUUCACGAAAACGCGAUAUAUGAUUAUCUGUCGCCACCACCUCGCGAACCCUCAGAAACGAUGUAUCAUCCUACGACAAAUACUCCCGAUAGCAUUUGGCCCAGUAACCCUCCCCGCAGCGAUUUGUAUUGCAAUGCGCGGUUAGUUGCGCAUCCUCUGGUGUCGCCUCUUGCUUGUCCCAAGGAACUUUGGGAGAGCGCCCCUCCGAUAUACGUUACUACCGGUGAGGAGGGUCUUACAGAUGAGGAUUUAAUAACGGCACGCAAAAUUCAUCAUGCUGGUGUGCCGGUUAUGGGGGAGCAAUAUGAAGGGAUGCCCCAUGUCUUUGGUUUUAUAUUGAUUGGUACACCAGUUGGGAAGCUAUUCUUUCAAGGCUGGGCUCAAUUCCUUCGGGAUGUUGUAGCAGGGUCUCUGCAAUCGGCGCGCGGGGACAUUGGGAAAGUCAUAUACCAUCAUGCUGGGUGGCAUUCUACAAAGGUGAUAUCAUUGGAUGACGUCCAUAAGUUCAGUGAUGCGGAUGUGGAGAAGAUACUUCGAGACAGCAGGGAUCAUAGGGCGGAGUGGGAGAAGAAGCUUACUGAGGAAUGGCAAGCUAAGGCAAGGCUAUGA